AUGCAGGUAUGGGAUAUUGGCGGUCAGAGCAUCGCAGGUGAGAUGAUCGACAAGUACAUCUAUGGAUCACAUGCGGCUUUAAUCGUGUAUGACGUCACAAAUAUGAGCUCUUUCGACAACACUCAGGAUUGGCUGAAUGUGAUUCGCCGAGUGACGAAAAGUCAGGAAAAGAGGGUAGCACAGUGGUGGCCAGGAGAUCCCAGAACAAUCCAUAGAUUGGAUUCCACUCGGGACCAACCAACCGGACAUCCCGCAGGACUGUUGGUGAGUUCAUAUGGGGAAUCACCGAACGCGAUACAACUCUUCGUUCAAGGUGAUUACGCAUUCGGAUGGCUCAGCGACUCCAUUGGGAAUGAGAGGGUAACGUCCAAGGCCGUAGAAAUGAAUGGGAUGGAUGCUGGUGCGACAUUAGCGGUGGCGUUCUCCUCAAGACUUGUUUAUUGUUGA